AUGAAGGGGUUCAGCGUCAGCAGCUUGUUCGCGCCUAGUAAGGGGGAAAACCCAGUUGGGGAGAGCGUCCAAGAUGGAGAAAGUAACAAAGCUGUGGAAAGUCACCUAAAUGAAGACCCCCCCCUAAGGGGGGAAGCCUGCCAAAUGGAGGCAGAUGAGAUCCCAACCUCGGAGCAAAGAAAACCCAAACAAAUCGAAGACAUCAACAAAAUCGCUUUUUACGAAGCGGUGCUAAAACAACUUAAGGACGAUGACCUAACCGAUUCGUUCGAAGCCCUGAGGAAGGAAAUUAAUUUGGAGCAAAGCAAAACGGUGAAAGAGAAUUACCUGUUCCAUUUAUUUAGGAAGAGCUUGUACAAGGGGAAUCCUGAUUACGAAAGGGAUAUAGAGGAAGAGGAUGGACAAAAAGAAGACCAACGGAAUGAUCAAAUUGCAAAGUUGAAAACCUAUGGUAUGUUCCUAAAAAAUGCACAACUGCGUAGUAACAAUGAGACAAUCUUAAAUUUAGAUUCAUUAAAAAAGGAAAAGGGAGGAAGGAUAGUAUACUCCUAUGAUAUCACGGACAGAGUAGAAUUAAUUCACCAACAUAAAGUCACCUGUUGCACGACGAACAGUACAAGAAAUAUGUUGUGCUCAGGUGGAGCGGAUCACGCCAUUAAAAUUUGUAAAAUAUAUGAAAAUGUGAAAAAGAGAAAAAUAUACACCAUUGAUAAUAAACACAUGGGAAAAAUUAACUGCAUGAAAUUUCAUCCCGUAAAAAAUCUUUUAUUCUCAGCGAGUGAUGAUUGCACCAUUCAAAUUAUCGAUGUAAAUAAAAUAUUAAAAAAGAAGAAACAACAAUUUAGGUACCGAAGAAAUGUAAGGGAAAAAAUAAAUGAUUUAUCCAGUCAAAAUGUAGUUAUACAAGAUAAAAACGCCUUUGUAAAUCUAUAUGUCCAUCCCUGUGGAGAUUUUUUAUAUGCUUGUAAUAAAAAUGAAAAUAUUGUUAAACUCUUCGAUUUGGAGACCUUAUCUUGUUUCACAUCGUAUGAAAAGAACGACCAACAUCAUAGUGCCACAAUAAACUGUAUCAGUGGCACGUCAGAUGGAAGUUUCUACUGCUCUGUAUCGCAAGAUGGACACAUCAAAAUAUGGGAUGGGCAUGAGUCCAAAUUAGUACACACAAAAUUUAAUGCCCAUAAUGGGUAUUCUGUAGAAUCUGCUACUUUUAGUAAAAGUAAUUAUUAUUUGCUUACUUCUGGACUUGAUGGACAGACAAAAAUUUGGGACAUUCGAAAUUUUGAGUCCCCCUUCACUUUCGGAAAUGGAAUUUUAUCAUGCACUUCCAACAAAAGCAUCUUCAUGAAUGAUGAAUACUUUAUUGCAAAUGUCAUUCAAACAAAUGAUCACUUCACAUCCAAGUUUUUCAUUUACAAUGCCUAUUUUGGAAACCUCGAAUGCAAUGUACAAAAUAUACACAAUGACAAAAUCUCAGACAUUGUCAACGCUAGGGAUGGACUGAAUGUGCACACGGCAGGCCACGACUACGUAUGCAAAACGGUGAAGAUUGAUCAGCGCCCUACACAUGACGGGGGGUGA